AUGCUGAACCCCUCCGACCACCCGCUGCUCAAAUACGACAUCCUCGUCGAGGUCUUCAGCAAGAUCGAGAUUUCAGGACAAGACGGGUGGCCUUAUUACUGGGGCGACGACGCUUACUGUGAAGUCAAGGGCGAAGGCUCGACGACGUUGGCCAGGGCCGCACGACUCCUCCAACUAAGCCUCCUGGACGUCGGCGAGGAAGAAGACAGCCAGACAGACAUAGCCCUUGAAGUCGACCAAGACGUUUUCCCCGCCCUCCGUGAGCUCGUCAUACAACAUUGUGGGGCCGUGGCGAUCGGACGAGCACUAGCCCUGCUCAGCACCUCGCCCUCCUGCCCACUCGCGUCCCUCCGCCUCGACGCGUCGCACCGCUCAGAUCUCGAGGCGGUCAACGUCGUGCGGCACCUCGCAUUGCCGUCCUUCGGCCGCACUCUCCGGACCCUCUGCCUGCUCUUCUCGUACCACAGCACGAUCUGGGAUUGGGAGCAGACCACCAGCCUCGAGCCGUUCCCGGCCCGCGCCGUGCUCGAGCCCCUGCUCUCCCUCGGCGCGCUCGAGGACGUCGAGGUGUACACGCGCGAGCGGCCCCUCGCCCUCGCCGACGCGGACCUCGUGCGCUGGGCGCGCGCGUGGCCGCGCCUCCGCCGCCUCCGCGUCGUGUACGACGGCGACGACUACCCGCAAGCGCACGAGGCGCGCGCGACGGACCCGGAGCUCCCCUCGCUCCUCGCCGCGGCGGACCUCGCGACGGCGUGCGCGCGCCUGGAGGUGCUCGUGCUCGCGCUCGCGGACGUCACGGAGGCGGACGCGCGCGCGCUGGAGGCGCGGGCGCGGGCGGAGAGCGGCGGGCAGGGCGCGCUCGUGCAGCUAGUUCCCGCGGGGAGCGGGACGCGGCGCGAGCGGAUGCGGAUCUGGGAGACGGAGCGGGUGUGCGGGGCGCUGCUGCGGAUGUUCCCCAACCUCGAAGGGAGCGGGAUCCUGGAGGACGGGGAGCGGCGGGUGGUCGCAGGGAGGACGAGCUGGCUCCAGGCGGAGAGGCGGGGGAUUCGGCGCGAGUUCGAUGAGACCGGGGCUAGAUAUAGGUAG